AUGUCGAAACGAACAGUGUACACCAAUAUCACCCCUCUUCCGCGUCAAGUCACUCGGCAAAUCGCCGUCGAUGAGCUGCACAAUCAUGGAGUUAUGAUCAAGUUAAAUCCGCUGGUCAUCAACUUCGAACGAACCACACCGCACAACAACGCUCCCGCAGAUGAAUAUCACUGCACUUGGUACGAAAUUACAGAUAGAGUAUCUUAUCUGCCGGGUGUAAAGGGUUUAGUCAAAUACAAAGCAUGUUUCUUCGACAGGCCCAUCGGAUUACAAACGCAUUGCUAUGCUCCCGCUGGCCUCGACAUCAAAGCAAAAUGGUCAGUCGGAGGCAAUAUGCCAGGAGAGCCUCGAGAAGCUCGCGAAUUAGGAGUUGAUACUCCGCGUGAUGGCUUGUAUCUUCGUGAAGAAGUCGAUAUGCGAUGCAAUAUCAUGUUGACGGGGUUUGUCAAGAAGAACCUGAAAAACGCACACAAGAUCUUAGUCGAUCGGCUGCUCAAGAAGGUUGAAUUUGUGGAAGAGGUGCAUUAUCAGCAGUCUGUGCAUUCACCAUCAGUAAGGAGCUCAAUAACCACACCUCCCAUAACACCGGCCACACAACAACCGCAGUAUCUACCCCAACGAUCGGACGGAUCAGUGAUCGACGACGCGUAUAAGUAUGGCGGCAGACCGCCCUCGCUGCCCCUGGGCAUGCAGCCACAGCAUCAGCCACAAUAUUCACCAAAUAAUGAUCCCGCCAGAUAUUCCGGUCCUCCUCCACAUUACUGGCAGUCUCCUGAUCAGAAAGGAGGGGAUUGGAAGAUGGCCCCUCCCUCUCAGAGAAGUUCAUAUUUACAAAACCCAUCAAGACCGCAAUCCGAAACACUCUUUGCAGCGGAGUUGCCGGGAUCGAGUGUGGGGAUGCCGGUCGAGCUUUAUUCGCCUCCAUCUUCGAACCUCGGCGCUAGUCCAAGCAUACCUCAUGAGAAGGAAAUGGAGCAAGGGUAUCGGAUGGCCGGAACAUAG